AACACGCAGCGCAGCGAUUUUUCUCAAAUAAUAAAAAUAAUUAAAAACAAAACAAUUUUUUUUGCUGCGACGUCGCAAAUUGGUUUUCUACGAAAAAUUUCGACUGCAUGCGCAAUAGAAAAUAUUAUUUGCAUUACUAUACAUCUUUAUAUUAUCAAAAGAAACAAAAAACACAGGAAAAGAGACGAACUUGUCUUCCAUCGAAUUUCCAUUCCAACAAAAAAAGCAACAAAAAUUCUCUAGCUCCCAUUCAGCGCAACAUCGACUCGCCAGUUUUUCUUUUAUUCCAACAGUUUUCAGAGGACCUUCGAUUCAAUCAGGACACUAUUCAAAUAUACUCCUCUCUCGGUGACUAUAUAUAAUAUAGAAUUUAAAAUAAGAAAAAAAAAACUUAAGUUUUUUUUUCACAAUAUUCUCUGGAAAUCCAAUUAGGGUUCUUUUUUAUUAACUAUAUAAACUAUCUACCAGUUAUACAUUUCGAAGGCAAUUGAGUGCCAAUUUUCCUUCCUAGUUAAGGAAUUUUCUGUGUGAAAAAUUCCUUCACUUGAACACCAUAAGUGAAGUUCUAUCUAUCUGUUAUAGUACAUAUACAUAAUAUAUAUAUAAAAAAAAGUGAAGUGUACCUUAUAACAAAGUGGUAGUAGUCUCUCUAUCGAAUUCCUACCAACCACAAAAAAAAAAGCAAGAAAAAGGUUUUUCUUUCAGUCUUAAGUAACAAUGUUUUCGGGCUUAACUAAUCAAGUAACAUCAUGGAUGGGUUCGGUGAAAGGUGAUCCUCAAGACGAAGACGUCCCAGCACCACCCCCAAAUUCAAAUCCUACAGAACAGGCUGAACCAGCUCCAGCCGCAGUUGUCGAUCCCGAACAAGCUGCUGGUAUGGAAGGCCUCGAUGAAGAUGGUGCUGCCAAAAGAAAAAAUUUGGUAUCAUCGAUAUUUGAAAGUGGAAUGUUUUCGAACGUUAAAGGUUGGUUAGGAAAUGCAUCUAUUCCAUCGAUGCCAAAUAUGCCAUCGAUGCCGGCAAUGCCCUCAAUGCCGGCCAUGCCAGCAAUGCCAGCGAUGCCAUCAAUACCUGGCUUACGAAAAGGUGCCGGUGAAGAAGGUAACGUAGAAGGACUUGCGGAACAGGGUGGAUAUGAAGCUGCUGGUGCAGUUAGUGGUGAUGAUGAAGACAAGUCGAGGUAUAUUAGUGCCACAGAAGGAGCUGAUUCUCAUCCUGCAUCAGGUGGUGGUACUCCAACAGAUGAUGGUCAAAUUGGACAGGGUAAGGGAGAAACUAAAAUAACAACAAAAGUUACACAAGGUGCCAAACAUUUUGGUUCAUUCUUAUAUUCAGCUGUUAACAAAGCAGGAGCUAAAAUAAAAGAAACUGUCAAAGAUAAUACAAUUCUCGGUGAAUUCAACAAAGAACAAGAAGCUUUUAUUAAGGGACAAGGAGGCUCCGAAUCAGGACAGGCCCCUUGGGUUGGACACAGUAACGAAGCCAAAAUUAAGGAAGAAAUUAUGGGUCUAUCAUUGGACCGUCGUAACUUUGUGCGUGCUCCACCAGCUGGUGUUGAUUUUCAAUUUGAUUACGAUACUGCAUAUCCUACAGCCAUUGCUAUUAUGGCCGAAGAUCAGGCUCUUGAAAAAAUGCGAUUCGAACUUGUACCUAAAAUAAUCACAGAGGAGAACUUCUGGAGGAACUACUUUUAUCGUGUUUCACUAAUUAUUCAAGCAGCAGAAUUGGGAACAUUGGGAGCCGAUGGCGUUGGUCAGGCUUCCAGCGAAGAUGCUAAAGCGCAAACUUCCGAAACAAAUUCAUCAUCGCCAAGUGUAAAUACUCCUGCCCCAGAAUUGGGGCAAGACGAUACAAUUAAUCUUAAAGAAAAUUCAAAAUCCCAAAAAUCAAAAUCAAAGAAAUCAGUGAAGAGCAAUAUUGUAAAUGAAAAUUCAGUUGAAAAAACAAAAGCAAAACGCCUUUCUGAAUCGGAAUUUGUUUCGGAUACUUUUCAAACUACAGAAACAGAUUUAGAAGAAAUUAAGGAUGGAAUGCGUAAACUUGGUAUCGACAGUAUGACGCAGCAAGCUCUAGAAAACAAUGAGGAACAGUGGGAAAAGGAUCUGGAAGCUGAAUUACAAGAAUACGAAGUGGUUACAGACGGUGGUGCAUCAGGGGGCGGUGAAGGUGGCGGAGAAACAUCAAAAACGACAAUUCGCACCCGAAGUCCAUCUAACAACGAUUGGGAACAAUACGCUGAUCUUAUCGAUGAGACCGAUGAUUUAAAGUAAUUAAGAGCCUUUAUCGUAGUUUUUUCUAAGUUUUCCUGAGUUUUCUCAUUUUGUUCUUCUUCUUUUUUUGUAUUGUAUUUUUUUUCCUUUUUAAUCCUUUUCUUCUGUUUUCCGGGAUAUAAAUAUAUUAUAUUAAUAAUAAUUAUACUUUUAACUAAAUAUGUGUUUAAAUUAACUACCUACCAAAACUUAUAUUUAUGAUUUUAGAACAUUAAAAAGUUUAAAAAAGGUAAUGCUAGGCUAUAAACCGGUGAGGUUAUAAACCGCCCCUCUCCCUCAAACGAUAAAUAUAUAUAUACAUUAAUAUAAUAUAAUUAAGUUAUUUGUAUUUGCUAAAAUAUUGAUUCAAAUAUAUGUAUACACACAUGUAUAUCAAAUAUAAUAGUAUAUGUACCUUUAAUUCAACCUAAAGGUCAAGUAAUGAGUGAGUAAUUUGGCACACCAAAAACUAAAAAAAUUAAAUUAAAUCAAAUUUUGUUUCAAAAACAAAACCCUUCAUAAAUUUCAUCUUAACCAUUUUUCCCAUGGGUUCUCUCAACCACCAAACAAAAUUUAUUUUCAAAUAUUUAUGAAACAAAGAGGAAGCUAAGAUAAACAAAAAAAUAGUCAAAUUUAUAUACAAAUACAUAUAUGUGUCUGUAUGAAUAUGUUAAUAUAAUUUUGAAUUAAUUACAAUAUAUAUAUAAUAUAUGUAUGUAUGUUUUAUAUAAAUUUGAAACAAAAAAAUAAAUAAAUAAAUAAAAACGAUAAAUUGAAAAGAUAUACAUUUAAAGCUCAUUUUAGAUAAAUUAUGUUAUUAUAUAGAAAUAUAAAAGUAUUCCAAUUAUAAUCAAAUGUUAAUUGCAAAAGAGAAAACAUAAAAAAAAAAACAAAAAUAUAUAUAAAUAUAAUUUUUAUGAUUAUUAUGUAUACAAAUAAUUUUAAAACUGUAAAUAUUAUUAACAAGAAAAAUAAAAUAUAUUAAAUAAAAGUAAUUUCACAAAACUUUGUUUUUGUUUGUGUUAUCUUUUUUUUUUUGUUGACUACUUUAACAAAUUAAAACUCAUCUUUAAAAAAAAAAUACUUUCUUAUUUUGUUGAUUAAAAUUAUUUUAAAAAAUCCAUUUUAAUUUGAGACUGUUUUUCAGCGCAAUUAUAGUUUUUAACAUAUAAUGUAUAUUUAGCAUAUACGUCUCUUUGUAUAUGCAACACAAGUUAGCUAUGAAAAUAUUAUUUUUCAAUAUCUUCAAGUAUAAUAUUAAUAAAAAGAAAAAAAAAACUUACAUCAACUUUCUAAUGCUAACUGCUAUUAAUUAUGUUUGUUAAAUUUAUUAAAAAAAAUUAAUAAGUUUCAAAGUUUGUUAUCAAUUUAAUAAUUUUUUUUACAAUAAGAAACCAAAAUUACAAAACAAAUAAAACUUUCUUCCUUUUUUAUUUGUUAUGAUGAAUUUAAACAUAUAUAUAAAUAUAAUUAUAUAUAUAUAUACUAUAUAUGUACGUAUGUAUUAUUCUAUAUAUAUGUAUCUAUGUAUAUUGUAAAAUUUUCAAAUUUUAACUAUUAGCAAAUUAUUAUUAUUAUAUAUUUAAAGAUAAAACAAAAAAAACAAAACAUUUGGGAAUAUAUAUAUAUAUAAACUUUAAAGAUAUUGAUAUAAAUACAACAAAAAAAUAGAACAAGGGUUUGUUUCUUUUUGGAAAUUGGCAAUAAAAAAAAAAAAACAAAGUAAGCAAUUAAAAAAAAAACUCCUACAAAAUACUAAUAUUAAAAAAAGAAAUGUACAUUCAAAAACAAAACAAAAAAAAAAAAUAAUCAGAAAAAAGUAAACAAAAUAUUUAUGAUUGUUAUCAAUUAUUGUUUUUUUUUCUGAUAAAUGAAGAAACAGUACAGUUACCGGAUGUAAGAACUACAAUAAACAAGCCGAAGAAAAACAAAAAAAUACAAAAAUAAAAAGAAAAAUAAACAAGAACAACUUUAAUUAUUAAUAUUAAUAAAGGAAAAGUGUACAACUAUUCAAAUACAAAAUUA